UUUUUUUUGGCAAAAGCUGAAACCUGAAUGGAUAUUUUACUUUCAGCCUCAUCCAUGUUUUUAACUCCAGGCAUAUGAAAACCGCACGGAGUAGUUACUUUGAUUUGUCUCCAGUCUUUUGUUUCAACGUUUCUUGAUUUACUUUCCCUCUCCCUUCGGGUUUCUUCACGCUAAUAACCAUUUUGGGAAGAGUUUACUUUUUCUUUGUUCUCUUCAAUCGAUAAGGACACUGUUAUGGAGGGUAUAACCAAAGAGAAUAACGCGGAAAAAGUCCCUUUGGUGUCUUUCCACUGCUGUAAGGAACUCAAUCACAGAACAUCCGCCUGAUGACUCGGUCUCCCGAGCUGAUGUAAACGCGCGACAGUCCGCGAGCUCAGCUCCCUGAUCCGGGUCUCGACGCUUCGGAUCGGAGGAAAGAACGAGCGGAGGAGGAGGGCGCCUCCAGGAUCAGCCUUGGAUUGCUUCCCUUGGAAUGGAAGACCACAUUUCCUCAAGAGAGCAUCAACAAACCCAAGAAUGAAGAAACCACCGGUUGCCCCCAAACCCAAGCUGGUUCAGUCGCAUAAACCAUCACCUCCCCCCAUAGCCCCAAAACCUGAGCUCCUGCUGCCUUCACCCUCACCCACUGCACACAAGAGAGGAAAACCUGCUGUCGCCCCCAAACCAUGUUUGCCCAAAGCCCCUCACAAACCUCUCCAUUCGAAACAAGACCCCUGCAAGAAACAACAUCCACCUGUCUCCAAAAAUGGUGGUCCUGCUUUACUAUCUUCACACCUGUCAGAUUACAUCAUACCCCCCAGUACUCAAGGUCAUCAACUAGGUAACAGCAAAUCAGAGCAUUCCAAGGAAAUAUACGGAACAGCGGAGGUAGGUGUUUUCAAAGAGGUCGACAGUGAAAAAGAACAGUUGAUUUGCAAUGACACAUCGGAACAUGUUUCCCAAUCUGUAUGGGAACAAAUGCACGCUCCCACUGACCCAUCCCAAACUUCCACACAGGCACAGGAAGAAACAAACUCUGCCACACUAGAAAAGGACCAGACAAGUGCACAAAAACAAACUUUUCUCCAGAUCCCAAGACAAAGUCCUACCAAACCCUUACAAGAACAGUCUGCAGAGCAGAAACACACCGGGAACAUUUUUAGCUCUUGCACCAGUAACAAUAAUGGUGUUCCUGCACCACCCAGCAAGCCACUCCCUGUACCCCAUCCACGACGCCUUCGGAGAGCACUUCUUAGGCAGAAUGUUGUGGAGAUUGCACCUUCGGACACUCAAGCAGAAACACCUACAGAAACUCCUGAACACGUUCAGACAGACACAUUACUAGAAAGUCCCGAAAACACCUACGCGGACACACCUCUCAAUUUAUGUUCCCCUAAAGAGAAUACGGAAAACCCAGACACCGACUCCUCAACCAACACUGAUUCUUUGCACAAAGUAGCCUCUUUUCACAGUGCAGUUACUGAAGAGGUGCCUCCUGAUCUGGACUCCACCCAUUAUUCAGUUCCGACAAAUGGUAUAACUUUAGCUUCCGCGGACACCGCUGCUGAGGAGGGGCCGCAAGCUCCAGCUCCACCACCUCGACAGAAAUCCCUCCCACAAAUGGUUGAUUCCUCAUGCAAGGCCUCGACAUCAGUGGACAACUUGCUUUUGCAUUGCUACUCAGAUCUUCAAGAGGUUGAGUGUAAAGAUGAUGAGGUGCAAAGCGAUGAUGAAGAUGAUAGAGGAUAUGGAGAUUUUGCUCGAUACCCAUUAACUCGGAGUCUUCCUAAACAGAUAAAGCUCAGCUGUGGAUCACAAGUGGCAGCCAUAACCAAGCCGUCUCUGGACGUGGAUGAAAAGUCACCAAAAGUCAUGCCUAAAAAGCCCCAACGAAACAGUCUUCCCGCGUCCGUCGUGUUGCGGAAGCAAAACACGCCUCCGCUAACACACACUCCACCUCCGCUUCCUAACUCCAGUCCUCCCGUAUUCAGAGAACUUCCGGCACCUCCUCAAGAGAAACUAUCAUGGCGAGUCGCCCUUCCAAGCAUCCCCCUCUUCAGUAGAAACCAGCCGACUCGCAGUAACAGCCAACCACAGGCUGGAGGUGGGGGACCUGUUCUUGUCAAAAAGAGGGCAAAGUCGUUUUCCUCUGCAGAUCUUCAGCGAGUGGACACUGGAUCUUCUGAGCAGUUGGUGCGCUCCGAUCAAACAAGACGUAGCUUGCGGAAACUUCUAGAGCUGCGCGUGUAUGCACGGUUGCUUCCGAAAUUGCUUCGCAGUGGACAAGCCCUGGAUUGCACUCGUACUGAUGGUGAAUACGAUGAAAAUAAAGCCACACCCUCUAGUCAGGUCGCACCUGGCGAUGAGGUAGAAGCUCAGUGUGACAGAGAGGCUGACUGUGGGGUGGAAUACGAGAACGUCCAAUUAUACGAUGUGAUUCCAGAGUACAUGAACCUGCCCUGGGUCUAUUCCAACCAGGAUGUGGACACAGGCGUGUAUGAAGUACAGGAACCAUGUGAGCUGAACAGAUGCUCUAUGAGUGGUGAUCUGUCAGAGGACGGAUUGAGCUCUAAUGAGGAAGAUGGGGACAGUUCUGACUCCAGCAAGGAAGACAUGGGCCAUUCAAAAGACAAAGAGGAGAUAGAGCGGGCGAAGAGGAACAAGGUGGUCCACAUCGCAAUGGAAAUCAUGAGCUCAGAGAAAGUAUUUGUGGAUGUUCUGAAGUUACUUCACAUCGAUUUCCGGGACGCAGUUGCCAAAGCGACUCGUGCGAGCGGGAAGCCACUGGUGGAGGAGAAAGUGUUGAAUCAGAUCUUAUACUAUCUGCCCCAACUCUACGAGCUCAAUAAAGACCUGCUGAAAGAGCUGGAGGAGAGAGUAGCCCACUGGUCUGAUCAUCAGAGAUUGGCUGACAUCUUCGUUCAGAAAGGUCCGUAUCUAAAGAUGUACUCUACCUACAUACGCGAGUUUGACCAUAAUGUGGCUCUGCUGGAUGAACAGUGUCGCAAAAAUCCUCCUUUUGCCAACGUUGUGCGCCAGUUUGAGACGAGUCCUCGCUGUGCUAGUCUUGCCUUGAAGCAUUACCUGCUGAAACCGGUGCAGCGGAUACCUCAAUACCAGCUGCUGCUCACAGAUUAUCUGAAGAAUCUUCCUGAGGAUUCAUCCGACUACAAAGACACACAAACUGCCCUCAGUGUGGUGAAAGAAGUGGCAAACCAUGCGAACGACAUCAUGAAGCAAGGGGAUAACUUCCAGAAGCUGAUGCAGGUUCAGUACAGUCUGAACGGUCACCAUGAAAUCGUCCAGCCUGGCAGGGUUUUCUUAAAGGAGGGCACUCUGAUGAAACUCUCCAGGAAAGUAAUGCAGCCCAGAAUGUUCUUCUUGUUUAAUGAUAUUCUGCUGUACACAACUCCUGUUCAGUCUGGCCAGUAUAAAGUCAACAGCAUGCUCUCUCUGGCUGGCAUGAAGGUGAGCAAACCAAGUCAGGAGGCCUAUCAGAAUGAAUUAAACAUUGAGAGUGUGGAACGCUCCUUCAUACUGUCUGCCAAUUCGGCCACAGAAAGAGACGAAUGGCUGGAAGCCAUCGCUAAAGCAAUCGAUGACUACACCAGAAAGAAGAUUUCCUUCUUUUCCAGUCGAAGCCAAGAGUUGGAGGGAGUCUCUGAUGAUGGUCUACCGCUGGGCUCUAAAGCUCCUAUCUGGAUUCCAGAUCUGCGAACGACCAUGUGUAUGAUCUGCACGUGUGAGUUCACGCUCACCUGGAGACGCCACCACUGCCGUGCCUGCGGGAAGGUGGUGUGUCAGGCGUGUUCAUCCAAUAAAUACUACCUGGAAUACCUGAAAAAUCAGUUGGCACGAGUGUGUGACCACUGCUAUAUUAAACUACAGCACAAGGGCGACCAAUCCAGUAUGGCCGUUUUCCCUAGUGGGCGGAGUUCGACAUUUGCUUUUUCUAGAAAACAGAAGAGGAUUCCUUCUGCCCUCAAAGAGGUGUCUGCCAACACUGAGAACUCCUCCAUGAGUGGAUAUCUGCAAAGAUCUAAAGGCCAUAAGAAGCCGUGGAAGAGGCUGUGGUUCGUCAUUAAGAACAAAGUCCUCUACACUUAUGCCGCUAGUGAAGAUGUUGCGGCUUUGGAGAGUCAACCGCUGCUGGGCUUUUUCCUCCGAGAGGAGAAGACAGGACCGGCUCAGAAACUGCAGUUUAAACUGUAUCAUAAAAACACACUCUACGACAUCUUCAGAGCAGAGGACAUCCCCACUGCUCAGAGAUGGAUUGAGGCGUUUCAAGAGGCCAUGAUCCUUUGACCGGAUUCAGUUGGAUUAAACAGAAUGAAUAAAUGUCAUUCGUCUGGGUCUCUGCACUGUGUACACUGGCAGUGAGUUUGAGGAUGCAUAAAUCAAAACCCAGUUUGAAGGAUGUUGGCAGAUGUAGUUUAUGCAUUAAUCUAUUUUAAGCACCCUAGUGAGGGUACAGUGAGCGGCUGUUUAAUCAGUCUGCCUCCAUUGUACUUCAGAAAUGUGAGGUAUUAAUCAAUCAGUUUGUUCUUAAUAUCAUUUAAAAGAAACACUGCCUCUUUGUGCCAGUUGCUUUUGGUGCUUAACAUUACCAUGAAUCCUGCCCACAACGCAUUCAAGGUCAAAAAAGGCACUGACUUGUAAUGAGCACUAGAUAUAGACGUUUUCAUUGACUCCUGACCAUUAGGUUUGCCUGUGAAUCAUGUUUCGAUCUGAAUUCAUUCUGCCCACUCCACUGUGAUGUCAUAGGGACAGUCUUAAUCUAAUUGCAGUAUCACUGGUUGCCUGAAGGAGGUUUAAAAAGAUUCGGACAGGGGUGUGAUUCAUAGUCAAGUCUGAAUGUGCAUGAGCAAAUAUGACAAAGGAAUGUCUGAUGCCAGGUCGCAUUUUUGGCACGGUCAUGUGGCGCAGUCCGUUCAGUCUGGCAUGGUGCAUUAUGGGAGAUUUUGGACUCAACUGUGAAGCUGAGAAGAGAAGGCUUUAAAAAAAAAUGACUGGGCCUUAAUCAUGAUGCACAGAGUGACUUUAUGACUUAUUUUUACAUAAAACUAUUGUUCUGUACAUUGAUGGUGAAAGUUGUUGUAUGGUUUUAUGAAUGAAUGAUGCAUUGAAUGUGACCGUUAACACAAAUUUGGUUUUGUUUUUUUUUAAGAAAAUUUUUGUGAUUGCGACAGUUUACCUAAACCUAUGGUUUUACGAACAGUUCAUGCGUUACCUACAUUAUUUACGUAAAAACAUCCCAGGGAAUCGAACCCCCAACCUUGCGCUAGCUUGCUUGCUAACGCAAUGCUCUACCAGUUGAGCUACAGGAACAACAAUUCAAUCAUUAUAUGCGACAAUUUGUGGAAUAACGAUUUUAUGAACAAUUCAAACAUUUAUUUUUUUUCUCCUCUAAUUUCUUGAAAAAUUCCCUUUUUAUUUGGUUUUCAGUCUUACUGUUGCAAAAAUGUUUGAAUAAUCUUACACAUUCUUUUUAAAAACUCUUUUGUACAAUGUAGGUGUUUUGACUGUUGUUUUAAACCUUAUACCGGACAGAACUGGAAGUGUACAUAUUUUGUAAAUGGUAAUAUAAUGCAGGUGUAUUUAAAAUAUUUCAGUUUGUUUAUUGGCCUCAAUGAAUUAUGGGUAGUAGAGACACAGUGCCAGGCUGGCUAACUCAGCACUGUUUUAACUCACUAUAUAAGACAUUAUAGCACCGGCUGUGAAUACCUGGAGGAAAACUAGUGCUCUUAUCAGGGAAAGAUAUAACACACAUUAAAUACUCUAAUGCACCUUGUUCGGGACCACAUCUCUUGACACUUUGACAGUGGGUAUGACCUGAUUAUAUUCUCUACAGUUUUCACUAAGGUCCUUUGUCAGCUCCAGCUGCAGAAAGCCACUGAUCUUUCACUGUUUGAAGUGUAACAAGUCCAAGAAAUGAAUAUGAUUUGUUUUACAGUAAUACGUUCGAUAAUGAUCAUAUUUGUGUGUUUUAAUGUUUGUUUACAUUUUGUAAGAUUGUUUUGCAUUUUGGAAAACAUUAGAUACGCCACUUUCUUUUACUUGGAAGAAAAAUAUAAUUGCUUUUCCUGAC